CAGCACCAGCCGCCUUUUCCUCGCUGGACGCAUAAGGUGCUGUGUCCUUCACACGAAGCUAAGGCCGUUCCACUCCGGCGACUGGCACCGCGCCCCCCAGAACACCAUGGCCUCCGUCUCCGAGCUCGCCUGCAUCUACUCCGCCCUCAUCCUGCACGACGAUGAAGUCACCGUCACGGAGGACAAAAUUAACGCCCUCAUCAAGGCGGCCGGAGUCAGCGUGGAGCCCUUCUGGCCGGGGCUCUUCGCUAAGGCUCUAGCGAACAUCGACAUCGGCAGCCUUAUCUGCAACGUGGGAGCUGGCGGCGGGGCUCCGGCUGCGGCCGCUCCUGCGGGCGGGGCUGCGCCUGCGGGCGGCGGGGCUGCCCCGGCCGAAGAGAAGAAAGAAGAGGAAAAGAAAGAAGAAUCAGAGGAAUCUGAUGAUGACAUGGGCUUUGGUCUUUUUGACUAAUUAGUUUUGUACCUGCCUGUAAUAAAGAAGCAUUGAACUGUU